UUAUAAAAAUUUCCUUUCUCCACUGAAAAAGGGGGAGCUCAAGGCCAUCAGGCUGAGAGAUAUGAAAAAACGUGGCAAAGGAUGUUCACUAGGCACUAAGAGAUUUAAAUCAGCUUGUAAAACUCCUAAAUCAAAUGCAAAGGGUCAACAACAAUAUAGAAAUGUGGAGAAGUAG